UACUCAUAAUGUAAUGGAUGGCUUUUAAAACCGUCUGUUAAUUGUGAUUACGGUUGUGUUUAAUAAUUUUCCCACUGUUUGCUGUUUCUAUUUCAAAGCAACAAAACAACCAUAAAUCAAAAAAAAAAAAAAAAAAAAAUUGUUGGUGGAAUCAAAUUCCUGCGGCUUCAGACUCCCGGGUCUUGUUCCACUUGUCCAUUUCUCCUUCUAAUCCUUGAACUCUUUCUCUCUCAUGGGAGAUCUGUCCUCCUUUUGAGUCCUUGACCGUUAUUCGUUACAGAAGGAAGAGAGAGGGAGAGAAUGGAUAGCCCGCCGGGGAGUGCGCGGUCGAGCCCGGAGGCGGAGGUGGGGAUGCGGGUGGAAGACCUGUGGGACAUCCAGGAGCCGCAGCUCAGCCCCUCGGAGAAGCUCAACUCCUGCUUCGAGAGCAUCUCCGUCUCCUCUUUCCCCCUCGCCCCCUCAUCCCAAGCUGUUGAGAUACCUUCAGAUUCUAGUCUAGCUGAUGCCCUCGAAACUUUAUCGAAAAACAAAAUCCUGAGUGCACCUGUGUGGAAUGUGGAAGCACCAGAAAAUGCUAGUUGGAUUGACAGAUACCUUGGCAUUGUGGAAUUUGCUGGAAUUGCUGUAUGGCUUCUGCAUCAGUCAGAAGUUGCAGCCCAGGGGAUGAUGGCUGGUUCUGAUGCGACAGGAGAAGCUGCAGAUGGAUUAGCAGCAAAACUUGGCACUGUUACAUUGGAGACAACAACAUCUGUGGAAGCUUAUGGUGAAGUCAUGGCUGAAUCAACCCCUGAAGCUGCAUUUUCAAUGGGCGGAAGCUUUUUCGAAAGUCUCACUUCUUCAGGCUUCUACAAGAACACAAAGGUUCGAGAUAUCUCAGGAUCAUUUCGCUGGGCACCAUUUCUUGCCUUGCAGAACUCUGACUCAUUCCUAACCAUGCUGUUGCUGCUCUCCAAGUACAGAAUGAAGAGCCUUCCUGUGGUUGACCUAGGCGAAGCGAAGAUUGACAACAUCAUCACACAGUCUGCAGUGGUUCACAUGCUGGCAGAAUGUGUCGGGCUUCACUGGUUCGAAGAUUGGGGCAUGAAGAAACUCCUUGAACUGGGGCUUCCUUUGAUGAAGGCUGAUAAAGUUGUCAAGAUCAGUGAGGAGGAACCAGUUCUAAAAGCCUUCCAACUAAUGAGAAAGAGAAGAAUUGGUGGAUUGCCAGUGGUUGAUGGAAGUGGAAAUAAGGCAGUAGCAAAUUUAACCAUCAGAGACAUUCAAUAUCUUUUAACUGCUCCUGAAAUAUAUAAGGAUUACAGAUCCAUCACAGCCAAAGACUUUGUCACCACUGUUAAGAAAUAUUUGGAGGAGCAUGAAGAUGCCUCACCCAUGCUGAUGAAUGUGAUCACUUGUAAUAAAGAAGACACAGUAAAAGACAUCAUUUUAAAGCUGGAUGCUGAAAAGAGACAGAGAAUCUAUGUUGUUGACAAGGAGGAGAAUCUGGAAGGGGUGAUCACACUCAGAGAUAUAAUCUCCAGGCUGGUGCAUGAGCCACGGGGCUAUUUCGGAGAUUUCUUUGAUGGUGUUGUUCCCCUGCCACAGAAUAGCAGGGUCUGAUAGCUAACCAAGCUUUAAGUACAAUUUACUUCUGCCUUGUGUCGCCGGUGAUGCAAGCUUCUUUCUUGUUCUGUUUUGGUUUCUUAUGUCUUGUUUUUUUCCCACAUUUAUGGUGCUUUCCCUGUCACUGUUUUUUGUUUUGCUUUCAAAAUUACGCAUUUCUUCCUUUUGGGUAAGGUUUGAGCGUUUCUUAGUUCCAGGCAUUGAAGUUGAUGCCCAUGCUUUCUUUGUGUGAACAAUUUUAUCUGUAUUAAUGCUGCUUAAUUAUAUUAACCAAUGCAUGAAACUUCUAUGAGGCUACCUAUGAAGAAAGUUUUGGUUGCAACACCACCUAUGACUACCACUGCCUUAGUUAACUUCAGCAAAUAAGAAAACUUGGUUCCACUUCAUGUUUAUAAACUGAAAUCCAUUUGAAAAAGAAAUAUUUUCAAUGGGACUAGGCUGAUAUUUUACUGAUUUAGCUGCAACAGUUUGAUUAGUCAUAGCCUCAAACUACAAAAAAAUCAAAAGGUUCCUCUUUCCCCAGCAUCUUCAAGUCUUUGGUUUUCCAUUGAACUCUGAUCCAUCCAUAUAUAAAGCUUUUCCUGUAUAACUGGAAGAUUAUAUGAAUUUCUUAAAAGUACAAAGAAACAUUAUUGCCUAGAACACAUAAGAAGUGCAUAACAGAUGAAUGCGAUCAAUGAAAAAGAGCAUGUGGUUGAACAAGUUAAAUGUCUACUCAAGAGCAGGACCUCAGCAGCAAAUGAGAAGUAGUAUUAGACAAAUGAUGAAGAGAUUGUUUUAAUUUGGUUUUGGUUUAAGUACAACAACCCAAUCAUGCGGUACAGUUUUGAUGCAUGCUAUCUUUCUGAUCUGCAACCUUUCAUUCUCUCAAUGAAUUGCAUUGGACUGAGUCCAAUCUUUUGCUCAAAAAGGAAAAAAAGG